UCCCCAUACCCUCCAUUGCCUCUGUUCUCACUCACUCUCCCAAAACUCCAUGGCCUUCUCACCUCUCUCCACCAUCGACCUCAUCCGCCACCACCUCCUCGGCGAACACCCCGCCUCCUUCCUCGAUGACCUUCUCUCCAGCCUUCCAACUCCCCCUUCAGCACCCGCUCCCCCUCUCUCCGACCUCACCAUCUCUGACUACCUCGACCCGAUCCAAACCAUAACCCUACCUCCCACUUCCACCAAAUAUAGGACUGAAGGAUUCAAAUUCACCGAUCCGCCAAACUCAAUCAUUCGAUUCGCCGUUAAUUCACCCUCCGAUUCCAAUUUCCUUAACAUUGUCCCGACAUUGGAAGGGUUCGUCGGAUUCGGCGGAGAUCAACGACAGCCGGCAGUAGAGCUAUUUGGCUGCCGGAAGUACCGUGGUGUACGGAAGAGGACUUGGGGGAAGUUCGCGGCGGAGAUUAGGGAUCCCAAACGACGAGGAUCUAGAGUUUGGCUUGGCACGUUUGAUUCUGCCUUAGAUGCCGCACGGGCUUAUGAUCGCGCCGCUUUUGAGAUGAGGGGCAGUAAAGCGAUUCUCAAUUUUCCCAACGAGGUUGUGAUCUCCGGUGAUUCAAUUCAGAAACCAGCGGCGGCAAAGGGGAAGAGGGAGAGGGAGGAGGGGGAGGUUGAAGGGGGGAAGAGGGUGAAGAGGGAAAGUUUGGAGAGAUGUCGGGGAAAUAUUCCGUUCGAAGGACCGUUGUCUCCGUCAAGUUUGGCGGCAGUAUGGGAAGGCUCAGACGGGAAGGAUGUUUAUAACUUGCCGCCGUUAUCUCCCCAUCCGGCGAUGGGGUUCCCGCAAUUAACGGUGAUUUAAAUACCAACGGUCGUAUUCGUGUGUAAAUUAUUUGUUUGUGUAUGAAACAUGGAUGUUUGUUGUUUUGCUCUUGGAUUUUUCAAUUUCAUUAUUUGGGAAUAAAAAAU